UAUAUUGUAUAGCCUAUAUAAACACAGUGUUUGCCUUCUACACGCCAGUUUUUUUCCCGUGGGAUUGGUCGAUAUAGCUUAGCAUCGGCAGGUGUAGCUAAUGCCAAGACAACACUCCAUCAUGGCGUCUCACGCCCUCUUGGUUAUUUUUAGUGCGGACCAUCAGAAGCUCGGUUUGUGCUAACCGAGCGGCGCUCCUGUUGAGUCACGGUUCUGAAAAGGUUCUCCUCGGCUCAAUUAGGACAUCCGAGAAGGACUGACGGAACAACACGGCCGCGCCGCAGAGCUCCGCCGGUGCCAGGACACUUUACCGGAGCGUAUCCCGGUGCCAGAACCUUCACCGAGGAACAAAGCCAGUUACCAUGGAGGUUUUGAUGGAGCGUCUGGAGCGGGCGGUGACGCGCCUGGAGCAGGUGACGGCGUCCGGGGGCGUGUCCAACGUGGCAAACGGAGGCAAGCCUGCUGGGAUGUUUGCACCAUGGAGCGAAGACAGCAUCUUGGAAACGUAUCAAGGUUCACGUGUGUGUGUGUGUGUUCCAGAUGCUUCCCAGUGCGUGGAGGCCUUCGAUGUGCUUCUGAUGGGUCCACUGACGGACUACGUGAACAUCAGCCGGGCCAUCGGCAGCGAAGUGGAGAAACAUGCGGAGAUGGUGACCAAAGCCUUGCACACUCAGAAGACUUUCCUCCGCGUGGCUGCGACACACCAGGAACCCGCACAGAUGGAACUUCACGACCUGCUGAAGCCCAUUUGUGACCACAUCCAGGAGAUCCAGACCUUCAGAGAACGGAACCGGGGCAGCAGCCUCUUCAACCACCUCUCGGCCGUCAGCGAGAGCAUCCCCGCCCUCGGCUGGGUGGCCGUGGACCAGAAGCCGGGCCCGUAUGUGAAGGAGAUGAACGACGCCGCCACCUUCUACACCAACAGAGUACUGAAGGACUACAAAGAAAGGGACCGACGCCACGUGGACUGGGUACGCUCCUACCUGUCCAUCUGGACCCACAUGCAGUCCUUCAUCAAGCAGCACCACGCCGGCGGACUCGUCUGGAGCAAGACCGGGCCCAUCGCACCUCCUUCUCUUUUUGAGGCCCCCAGUCCUCCCUGUCCUCCUCCUCCUCCUGGACCUCCUCCCGUAUUGUCAGAUGAAGACCCUGAGGUUCCGAGCUCAUCAUCAUCAUCCCAGCACUCUGCUCUGUUUGCCCAGCUCAACCAGGGCUUGGACAUCACCAGAGGUCUGAAGCACGUCUCGGACCAGCAGAAGACCCACAAGAACCCUCAACUUCGCUCCCAGGAAGCAGUGGGGAGCCACAGCGGCAAAGCUGGGACAAAGAAGUCCCCGGGAAAGACGCCGGUGCAGAAAGGGCUCCCUCUGCUGGAGCUGGAGGGCAAGAAGUGGAAGGUGGAGAACUUUGAGAAGAAGCACGACCUGCUCAUCCAGGACACAGAGCUCAAGCAGGUGGCGUACGUCUUCGGGUGCCAUGACGCCACGCUGCAGAUUCAAGGAAAGCUCAACUCCAUCAUCGUGGAUAACUGCAAGAAGAUGGGUGUGGUCUUUGAGAGCGUGGUGGGGAUCGUGGAGAUAAUCAAUUCCAAGGCUGUCCAGCUCCAGGUGUUGGGAAGAGUUCCCACGAUUUCCAUCAACAAAACGGAAGGUUGCCAGGUGUACCUGAGUCCCGACUCCUUGACGUGCGACGUCGUCAGCGCCAAGAGCUCGGAGAUGAACAUCCUGAUGCCGCAAGGCGACGGCGACUACAAGGAGUUCCCGCUUCCCGAGCAGUUCAAGAGCGUCUGGGACGGGUCCAAGCUGGUAACGGAACCCACCGAGAUGGCAGGUUGAUUGAUCACGUCUGCUCAGACCUCAUGUCUCACCGUAGGGAAUAUGAAUAUUGUUGUUAUAUCGUUAUUGUUGACCAAUUUAUCCAACAUGUACACAAUCAGAAACAACUGCAGGAUGUCGGUGCUUAUCAAAAGGUGACAUGUUUAAAUCUCGAUUUACAAGCAUUUUAAAGUGGAUGUGUUGUAUAAUACUGGAUCACUGACGCUCUGUAUCAUUCAGCAUUUUUAUUAUGGGGCUGAUAUUACGGAAUUAUUACAUCAUACCCAUAAAUCUCAUCAUGCUAUGUCGUGACGUCCCCUGAGCUCACUCGGAAACAAUCACCAUGCUCCCCAAAACCCGACCAGCCACCUUUUAGCUAAAAUGCUAACAUGCUAACAGUCAAGGCAAGAGGCAAGAGAGCCUCAAGUUUAGAAAGUGCCAAGGUUGUCCUAUAACCUCCCUACACCAUGCCAUAUGUGUAUUUGCCUGAAGACAUGAGUAAAUUAGCUUAAAUGCUAACAUGCUAACGGCUACCAUGCUAGCACCUAGCAAGAGAGCAUCAAGUUGAGAAAGUGCCAAGGUUGUCCUAUAAUCUCCGUACAUCAUGCCAUGUGUGUAUUUGCCUUUAGACAUGAGUAAAUUAGCUUAAAUGCUAACAUGCUAGCACCUAGCAAGAGGGCGUCAAGUUUAGAAAGUGCCAAGGUUGUCCAAUAACCUCCCUACAUCAUGCCAUGUGUGUAUUUGCCUUUACAUGUGAGUAAAUUAGCUUAAAUGCUAACAUGCUAACAGUCGUCAUGCUAGCACCUAGCAAGAGAG